AUGAUUCCAAUAAAAUAUAAAAAUCAAUUUGUAUUUUUUGAAUUUGUGAAAAUAAUUAACAACAUAAAUAAUAGUAAUAAAUUAUUAUUUCAAAAAAUAAAUAAAAGAAACCAACAAUAUUUAUUAUAUAAUGUAAAUAUUCCAAAUCAGAAGAAUCAAAAUGAAGAGAAAAAAUGUGUGCGUUAUUUUUUGAGGUUUCAAAAAGAAUUAGAUUAUUUAAAAAAUAAAGAAUUACCAAAUUGUUGUCAUGCUGAUAAUAAAUUUGACUUUCCCAAAAUAGAAAAAGAUGAAAAGGAUGAAAAGGAUGAAAAGGAUGAAAAGGAUGAAAAGGAUGGAAAUUGUGGAAAUUAUGGAAAGGAUGAAAAAGACGAAAAUUGUGGGGGUGGAGAGGAUGGCAUAAGCGAUGUGGCAAGUAGAGUGAAAAUUGAAUCAUCCAAUUUUCAUAAAAGAUAUAACAAAAUAAAUAAAUAUUUAGAAAAUAAGAUAUGGUUGAUAUAUAAAACAUUCCAAGAAUGGAGUCUAAAAGAUAUAUAUUAUUUAUAUGAAAAAAUAAGGAAUAAAGAUUUAUUUAUUUUAUUUGUAAUCAAAUUGUUAGAUUCUGAUAAUACUAAGAAAAGUUUUAAGAUAAUGAAUAAAACUAAUUUUCAUGUUAGAAGAAAAAUUAAGAGAGAAGAUAAUUUAAAUAUAAUAGAUAAUUUAUUAUAUCCAUUUUUAAUUUGUUCUGAUUUUUAUUCUCAUAAAGAUAAUAUUGUUAUUUAUAAAAAUAUAGACUUUUUUAAUCAUGUGGAAAAAAUAUGUAAAAAUUUAUUAACAUAUUUUUUUGAAAAAAUAAAUAAAAAUAAUUCACAUUUUAAAUUUAAAGAACUUAAUCAAAUCUUUAUUACAUCUAUGAAAUUGAAAAGAAAUGAUCCCAAUUUAUUUUUAACUAAUGAUAUUAAUAAACUUGCCAAGAUAAUAUCUUUUCGUUUUUUCCAAAUAAAUCAACAAAAAGAAGAAAAAAAAAUAUAUGUUACAAAUGUUGGAAUUAAAAAUGGAAAAAAUGGUUUUAUUGAUUUGUCUAUUAGUAUGACAGAGAUAUCCAAAUUGUUAUAUGAGCUUAUAAUUGAUAGUAAAGAAAUUGUGAAAAAAAAUAAAAGCAAUGAUAUGUUAGAUAAUGUGAAAAAAAAUAAAAGCACUGAUAUGUUAGAAAUUGCGAAAAAAAACAAAAGCAAUGAUAUGUUAGAAAUUGCGAAAAAAAACAAAAGCAAUGAUAUGUUAGAAAUUGCGAAAAAAAACAAAAGCAAUGAUAUGUUAGAUAGUGUACAUAAUGAAGAAUAUAUAAGCUUAAUAAAAAACAUAUUAACAUACACAAUAGGAGAAUUAAAAAAUCAAAAUAUAGUAAAAGAUAUUUUUUUUGCAAAAAAUAUGAUUUCUAUUUUAUACAGUUUAACACAUAUAUCUAAUAAAAGUUUUCAUAAUAUUUUUAUCGAAAUAUUUGAAAAUAGUUUAAAUUUUUUUUUUUCUUUUUUUUUUUCUAUAAAUAAAGAGAAUAAAAAUCAAGUGUUUACAACAAGUUGUUAUGAUUUAAAUAGACUAAUAAAAAAUAUACCAACCCAAUUUAAUUUUUAUUUAAACAAUGAAAAUAAUCAAGAUAAUGAAUAUUUUGAAGAAAUAAAAAAAAAUUUAGAUGAAAAAAUAAAAAAUAUUACACUAUCAAAUAAAUCAAAUUCAAAAUCAGAAUUUUCUUACAUUUUAACAAUAAAAGAUAGUGAUUAUAAAAUGAGUGAUGAAUUCACACUUGAGGAAAUUGUAAAAUUUAUUUAUUCUUUAACAUUUUAUCAAAAAAAAUUAUACAAUCCGACUUGUAAUUUGAAUAAAAAGGAAAAAAUAAAGAAUAUUUUUCUAAAAUAUUUAAUUCCAAAUAUAUAUGAUAUGAUUGAAAGAGAGAUAUAUAAAUUAGUUUCACAUAUUAGUAGGUCAAAAGAAAAAGAGAAAAAAAAAAACAAUAUAAAUAUAAAUAAAGAUAAUAAUGAAAAAAAUUGUAACACUUAUAUAACUAGGGAAAAUUUAUCCAAUUCUAAUGGAAAUACAGUUUCAAAAAACUUAAUAUAUCAUUCUAUGAAAAAAAAUGAGUCUAUUAAUUUAUAUGAUAAAAAUUAUAUCUUAAAAUAUUUAAGCCAUUUAAUUAAUAUAUAUUAUGAACAUAAAUUUAUUGAUUUACAAAUUUUUUUUCUUACUAUAGUUGUUAUAUCUAAAUUUAAAAAUAUCGAUUUGGUAGUUCUUAGCAAUAUUUUAAAUAUUUGCUCAAAAUCAAAUUAUUUAUAUGAUACUUUUUUUGUAAGCUUUUAUCUUUUUAAUUUAUUUGAAGGAAAAAAAUGGAAUAACAUUUUAAAAGACGAAAUAGGAAAUAAUAUAAAAAUAGGCACUGUUUGGAAUAAAUUUUUGAAAAAUAUAAAAACAAGAGUAUCAAACGAAAAAGAAUUAAAUAAAAUAUAUCCUGUAAAUGUAAUCAAAAUUAUGAACGGGUUAAUAUAUUAUAAAUGCUUGGAUAAGAAAAUUAUUGAAACAAUUAUCAAAAUGAUAUCUCAAAACGGGGUAAAUAGCACUGGACAGGUGGAGCUAGCCAAUGGCAAUAGUAGUAGUAAUGGUAGUAGUAGUGAUAAUAGUGAUAGUAGUAGUAGUGGUGGUGGUAAUGAAAAGGAAAAGUUUAAUUUGAUUUGCUUGAGCUCAGUUUUGAACUAUAUGAGCUACACAGAUAAUAUACAAAGUUAUGAUAUGAAAGUAAAACUUGUAAAAAUAAUAAAAGAAAAAAUACUAAAAAAUAAUAUAAGAGAUAAUAAUAGAUUAUUGUGUAGUAUAUAUAUAAGCUAUGGACGAUUAAAUAUUUAUGAUAAAUCAUUAUUUUAUAAUAUUUAUAAAAAACUAAAUUUAAAAAAAAUAACUCUUUUAAAUAUAUUGAGUAUAUUAUCUUAUUUAAAUAAAAUGGGUAUUUAUGAUGGAAAAAUAUUACGUACAUGUUUUAGUUAUACUUUUGAACAAAACAAAAAUCGAAUUAUAUUAUAUAAUACAUCAUUAAUGAUACAUUUAUUUUUUAUUUUAACGUCUAUAUGUCAGUUAUAUUUAUAUGAUAAUAUACACACAGUUUUAACACAUAUAUUAUACAUUAUUAAUUGUGUGUAUGUGAAUAGCAAAAAUAAUCCACAUUUACAAAAUGAAAACAAAAAAAAAUUAAAAAAAAACGAAAUAAAUCAAGUCUCCAAUUUUGAUAAUAAUAAUCUACCUAUAAAUUACAACUUUUAUUCAAUGCUUUAUAUAAGCUUACAAUCAUUUUAUUUAUUUUUUUUAAGCGAACAAUUUAGUCCUAACACCAAUUUUAUAAGCCAAAUAAAUAUUAAAUAUUUGCGUAUAAUAAAUUAUUUAAUAGAUCAAAAAUAUGAUCAAUAUUAUUCAAUUAAACCAACCAAUUCAGAUAUUCAAAAAAAAGUUAUGACUCUUUUAAAACAUACUCUUAAAAACAAAAAUGUUCAAAUUGUUUAUGAAUAUUAUUUGACUCCCAUUCCGUAUCUUAUUGAUAUGGUUAUUCUACCAAAAUAA